AUGGCGGCGCAAUCGAAGCUGCUCCCUCCCCGCCGGUCGAUCAGACAACUGAUCUCCGAGUUCACAACGCUGUAUCUCAAGCACAGAACGAAGAUCUCGAGGACAGUAUAUAUCACCCUGGUCAUCGCCCUGAUACACCGCAUACACAAUGCGAUCUCCGAACAGAAGGCCGCGAUGCGGCGGCAGAUCGAGAUACGUGCACAGCAGUCAGCUACCCUAGGAGAGGCGGGCAAAGAACAACAGAAGAGCAAACGAGUCGAGAUCAACAGAGAGUUCUUCCGCAACCUUUUCAGACUGCUCAAGAUUGUGAUACCCGGUAUCAAGAGCAAGGAGUUGCGCUUGAUCCUGAGUCACAGCGUUUUUCUGGUCCUGCGGACACUCCUCUCGCUAUACGUCGCUGAGCUCGAUGGCAAGGUGGUCGGUGCCUUGGUGAAAGGUCGUGGGCGAGAGUUCGCGGUGGGCCUGGUCUGGUGGAUGCUUGUCGCGGUGCCAGCUACGUUCACCAACUCAAUGCUGCAAUAUCACCAGACAAAGCUAGCACUGAGUUACCGGACGAGAUUAACGAACUACGUGCACCACAAAUACCUCAACAACAUGACCUUCUACACACUUUCGGCACUCGACGAUCGGAUCAAGAAUGCUGAUCAGCUCAUAACCGUUGACAUCUCUCGAUUCAGCAACUCGCUUGCAGAGCUCUACUCCAACUUGGCCAAACCAACACUUGAUAUGAUCAUAUACAAUUACUCCCUGUCCAGGUCAGUCGGAGGCGAGGGUCUUUUCACCAUGGCGCUACUGGUGCAAGUGUCAGCAAACGUCAUGAGAGCACUGACCCCACCGUUCGGCAAGUACGUCGCAGAUGAAGCCCGGCUAGAAGGAGAAUUUCGAUUUCAGCAUACUAGGUUGAUCGACUAUAGCGAAGAGAUCGCCCUGUAUGGCGGCCACGAGGCCGAGAAGGACGGACUGGACAAGGGCUACUUCACAUUGAUCAAGCACGUAAACCGCAUAUUACGGCGGCGCUUCUACCAUGGAUUCAUGGAGGACUUUGUCAUCAAGUACUUCUGGGGUGCGCUCGGUCUUGGCCUCUGCGCCGUGCCAGUCUUCUUCAAAGUACCUGGUCAAGAUGCCAUCCGGGCCGCCACCGAUCACACAGAGUCCUUCGUCACUAACAGGAGAAUACUGCUGUCCAGUUCCGAUGCAUUUGGCCGGAUCAUGUUCAGCUAUAAGGAGAUCACCGAAUUGGCUGGAUAUACUUCGAGAGUGGCUGGUCUACUGGACGUUAUGGAUGAUGUGACAGCCGGCCACUUCGAAAAGAAGCUUGUAAGCUCUGCCAGCACAGACGAAAACGCUGCGGUUUUGAAAGGACGCGGACAGAUCGAGGAGGCGAAAGACAUUGAGUUCUCGGGGGUGCCCAUCGUCUCUCCGAACGGAGAUGUUCUGGUCAAAAGUCUUUCGUUUCGGAUUGCGCCUCAAGAGCACUUGCUCAUCGUUGGGCCCAAUGGCUGCGGCAAAUCAUCACUAUUCCGCAUAUUGGGUGGUUUGUGGCCAGUGUAUGGUGGCAGCGUCAGGAAGCCAAGUUUCGACGACAUCUUUUAUAUACCACAAAGACCAUACCUAUCUCGAGGGACACUGAGAGACCAGAUCAUCUACCCUGACUCACUGUACGAAUUCCGUUCAAAGAGCAAGUCAGACGCCGAACUGCUCGACAUCCUGAAGAUCCUCGAGAUCGACUCUGUCGUCCAGCGACCGAACGGAUGGGACAGUGUGGAAGAGUGGCGGGACGUCUUCUCUGGUGGACUUCAGCAACGCAUCGCCAUGGCACGUCUGUUUUACCAUAAGCCCAGAUACGCCAUACUUGACGAAUGCACAAGCUCGGUCACGCUGGAGAUGGAGCGCAAGAUGUAUGAGACCGCCAAAAGUUUAGGCACAACAUUGAUGACCGUCAGCCAUCGGCGCAGUCUGUGGAAGUAUCAUACCAAAAUCCUGCAGUUCGACGGUCAGGGCGGGUACUUCUUCGGUGAUCUUGAUGCUGAGCGGCGCAUUGAGCUUGAGGAUGAGAAGGAUGAGCUCGAGGCGAAGUUGAGGAAUGUUGAAGCUUGGGAAGCACGGGUCAGGGAACUUGAAGGAUGA